UUUUCAGACUAACUUGUUUGCAGUUAUGUCACCUGCUAACCUUUCUUCAUGCCAAAACCCCCAGAGGGGUAAGAUCACAUGCAUACUCGGGCCAAUGUUCAGUGGAAAAACGACUGAAUUGCUUCGCAUGCACGAUCGUCAGAUGAUUGCUCGUCGCAAAUGUGUUCUUGUAAAAUACGCAGGGGAUACUCGUUACGAUCCGGAACUCGUAGCCACACAUACGCAAAUGAAAGGACAGGGAAUCACAUUGAAGGCACAUAAACUCGCUGAAGUAGAGGCACAGAUCUUUGACCCGACUGUACAAGUGGUGUCCAUUGAUGAGGGCCAAUUCUUCAGUGACUGCGCGGAGACUUGCGACCGCCUGGCAAAUAUGGGAAAAGUGGUCUAUGUCGCAGUACUGAACGGCACGUUUGAACGCAAGCCGUUUCCACAAGUAUCAUUAUUGUUACCAUACUCUGAUGAGAUUAAACAAGUUGUGGCCGUUUGCGUUGGUUGUGGAGCAGACGCAAGCUACUCCUUUCGCAACACUCUGGACAAGAAAGUGGAAGUGAUAGGAGGUCAGGAUACAUACCGAGCUUUGUGCCGAGCUUGUUACAUGGAAGAGUCAUCCCGUCGUGGAUUGGAUCUAGAAAAUAACGAUGGAGAGAACUGCGUCCAAAGCGAUCAACAGCUGAUCAAAGGAGAUGAAUUGGCACUUUUAGAUUUGCCACGCAAGGUUUUUCGUGCGCAAUAGUUAGGUUUGGAUUGUUGUAACUUAUUCUUUUGCCUUUGGCUGCUCAUGUUAUCUCUUUCACUUUGAUUCAUGCAUAUCAUUUUCAAUGAUGCACUUGCCAUAUGUACCAUUACCUAUACUGUGGUUGUUAUUUUUGCCAUUUGUCACACUUUUUCAGUCUAGAUCAUGGUGUGGUCUCUAACUGAUUGACUUGUCUGUAAAUUUAUCAAGCAAAGUUAACUGUCUCUGGAAGAAAAUACACAAUGUAUCGUACUAACAAGCAAUCUAUGACAUACUCCAUUAACGGCACCGUCCGCCCAAAAUGGAGGUUGGCG